AACCCGUUAUCAGCCCAAAAUAACUAUUUCCCGGUUUAAAUUUAAAUGAGUGAUUCUAAAACGACGACAAGUAAACGUAUUCAAUGCAAUGCAAUGUUUUAUCUUGGGCUGGGCUUAUCAGAGAAUUCUCCGAUAGGCAAAAUUAUGUUAAGUCCACAGCGUGUUGUCAUUUAAUGUACUGUGAAGAAUCUCGCGGAGAUGAUUUAUGUAUUUAUUGGUGGGCUUGCUUCUUUGCUAAUCUUGACGUUAUUUGUCGAGAUAGCUUAGACAGAGCUGAGAUUGCUGCAGAUUUCUCUCUCGUCCAUCAGUCUGUGAUGCUAUUUUGAUCUGCCAACAUGGGAAAGUACAAGAAAGUGACUCCAGAAGGAGGAUGGGGAUAUAUUGUUGGGUUGGGUUUGGCGAUAUCCCUUAUGUGCGCAUUGGGAACCCUUCCUUCCUUUGGGCUCAUGUUUGGGGAUUUCCUGACGAGCUUGGGAGAGGAGACAAGUGCAAUAGCCUUGAUUACGAGUUGCUUCUUCAGCUCCUUCAGCAUUGCUGGACUCUUCACCAAUACCCUGUUCAAGAAGUACACUGUGAGGAAGAUCGCCCUGGCCGGGGCAUUUCUCUAUGUUGCCGGCAGUUUUAUGGUGAUCUUUGUGACUUCAGUCACUCAACUUCUCGUCUCGUUCUCAGUGGUUCAAGGAAUCGGCUUCGGUCUGAUCAUCCCGUCAGCCUAUACAACGUUUAAUCUCUAUUUUGAAGAGAAACGCGUCUUUAUGAUGAGCAUUGCUCAAACACUCAUUGGAUUGGGAUCAAUGAUCUAUCCGAUCCUGAUUCAGUGGUUGAUGGAUAAUUAUGGCUUCCGGGGAUGCAUGGCCAUCAUGGCUGCACUCAAUGGUCAUGCGAUCGUUGGGAUGUUGGUGAUGCAUCCUGUAGAGUGGCAUAUGAAGAAAGUAAAAGUAGAGGACGAUGAUCCUGAAAAUGUUCCUGAAGAGAAGAUUACAAAGAAGACUGAAAGUGAAGAAGAUAGGGCCACUGUUGAGAAGCUCCUACCUAAGCAUCCUGUCCAAGCGAUCAAGGCGCAAGAGGAGAGGAUCAAGUCCCGAAGAGCCUCGAGUAUUUCGAGUUUAGGAAACUGGGCAGGACCAAUUGUGAUCAGUGAUGCAUCGGAGAGGGACAAGAAACCAGCUGGAAAGUGGCAGGUUCUUGUUGACUUUCUCGAUCUCACGCUUCUUAACGAUCUCGUGUAUGUCAACAUCGUCUUGGGAAUCUCUUUCGCUCUGUUCUCAGAUAAUACCUUCUUUGCCGUCCUGCCCAUGUACUUGCUAAGUCUGAACUUCUCUAAGCAGGACACGGCCAAGAUCAUUGCAAUUGGAGCUGCUGCUGACUUGGCUUCAAGAACUUUCCUAGCACUCGCUAGUACUUGCAUUAAGGUGAAGUCGCGAUAUGUUUACCUGGCGGGAGCAGCUUUUACCGUUGCCGCGCGAUUUGCUCAUCUCUGCGUGUUCGACUUCAAUGGGAUGGCUUUUAUCAUUGGGAUUAUGGGAUUUCUCAGGACGUGGAUUCAUGUGCCACUUCCGUUGGUAUUUGCUGAAUAUCUUCCACAAGAAAGGUUUCCUUCAGGCUACGGUCUCUUUAUGGCCAUUUCCGGAAACAUAGGCUUCAUAGUUGGGCCCAUCAGUGGUUACAUUCGUGAUGCAACACAGAGCUACCCGAUCUUCUUCCACAGCCUCAACUUGUGCAUGGCUCUCUGUGCCGUUCCCUGGAUCCUCGAGGUCCUCUAUGUCAGAUACUGGCGACCUCGAGACCCCACCGUACCUAAGGUUACAGUGAUUGAGAUGCAGGAACAGCCGGCCAAUGGCAACUAAAGACUGGAAGUCAUUUUGGCCACUCUGGGCACUGAAUUGCAUGUUUAUUUAAAAAUUAAUAUUCAUUACAGAAA